GAAAAGACUCGCCAAUGAAAUCCCGUGUGCGUAAGUAGCGGCGCUACGGGCUGAAUUUGCAUACCGUCCCUAUAUAAGGAGCGCAGGGGCAAAGAUAGCCGAGUUAUUGUUUUGUACCCCAACGAAACCAUGCCUGAGCCAGCAAAGUCAGCCCCGAAGAAGGGAUCUAAGAAGGCCGUUACCAAGACGGCAGGCAAGGGAGGGAAGAAGCGUAAGAGGUCUAGGAAGGAGAGCUACGCCAUCUACGUGUACAAGGUGCUGAAGCAGGUGCAUCCCGAUACCGGUAUUUCUUCCAAGGCUAUGGGCAUCAUGAACUCUUUUGUCAACGACAUCUUUGAGCGCAUUGCUGGAGAGGCUUCCCGCCUGGCCCACUACAACAAGAGGUCAACCAUCACUUCCAGGGAGAUCCAGACUGCCGUGCGCCUCCUGCUCCCCGGUGAGCUGGCUAAGCACGCCGUGUCUGAGGGCACCAAGGCUGUCACCAAGUACACCAGCUCCAAGUAAAGCGUCUGUCGACGUUUCCCCCCCACCCAAAGGCUCUUUUAAGAGCCACCCACUUUCUCGCAAAGGAGCGGUGUCUUCUAUUUUCUCUUCUGUGUUUUAUCCUAUGUCAAAUACUUCAGGCUGCCUUUGGCAUGAUGGGCGCCGCGCAAAUAAAUUGUCUUUGAUUGCUA